AUCUUUACUUGAUUGUCUAUAUGAUCCCCAGCUGCUGCUGUUGUCUGAUCCUGGACUAAAAUGGCUGCCCUGUCUCUUCCCAGGAAGGGCAAUGUGAGCAGUAACCCCAUCAAUCCCACCUGGAUCCCAUUCAGCUCCACCAGGUCUGGAGAAGGCCAUCUGUCAUUCUCCCUGCGUCUGAUGAAUGGUGACUGGCUUACAGAGCGCCCUUCCACUAUCUACUCCCUGGGAGACCUCAUUCACAUUGAGGCAUCUGUUUCAAUGUCUAACCACAUACCCCUGAAGCUGUACAUUGAUCGCUGUGUAGCUACACUGAACCCAGACAAAGACUCCACCCCGAGAUACAGCAUCAUUGACUACAAUGGUUGCCUCCGGGACAGCAAAGCUGAGGACUCCUUUUCAACCUUUGUGUUGCCGGGAGACGGGCGGGAGCCAGACAAGCUCAGGUUUGACCUGGAUGCCUUUCGUUUCUAUGGAGAUGAGCAUUCCUUGAUUUUCAUCACCUGUCACCUGAAAGUUGCGGCAGUGGAUCAGGGAGAUUCCAGGAACAAAGCUUGUACUUUCUGGAAGCUGGAGAAUAUGUGUGGAGCUGGUUGUGAUGGUGACCCUGACUGUGACAGUGGUAUGUCUGAUCUCUGCUUCAUUGCUGGCCUUGGUCCUGUACAGGAAACACAAGCGAACACCCAUCAACUUGAGAUGACAUCGUCAAUAAAGCAGUGAUUCAGUGUCUUCUG